GGGAGCUGCGCUGGAGAAAAAGCCCUGGCUGCAAACCGGGGAGCCUGGGGCACGCGCGCAAGGACACCCAGUUACAUGCACCUGCAUGAUCAAAAACGAGACAGGCAGAGGGAUUCCUGCAAGCUUCUGCGCGGACAAAAGUUGCACAGAGAAUUUGCUUCUGAGGCCAGGAGGAAAAGGACUGAUGCAGUGCCCCUGGGAACCAACAGCAGUAGCAAAAACAGCAGCAUCUUCCAUGGCAGCAGGGGAUAGGAGAGGCUUGGCGCCUAGCUGGUAGAGGGGGUUGCAGGUUUUGGGGGCGGCCACUGGCCAGUGGCAACGAGAUCGCUUUUGCCUGAUCAACGCCGCUUAUGCCAGCAGAGUCCUGGAAUCGAACGUUUAUCUCUGGACUGACAUUCCGGACGUGCAAAUAAAUCCUCCUCUGUUCUUAUUAAGCUGUUGUUUUUUGAUGGCAUUACGAAACAGCCAGGGAUUGCAAGAUCCCGACUUGAGUGCAAAAUCCUGAUUUUAUUUUUAUUUAUUUAUUUUGGAAAGAGAGAGAUCUACAGCGCUCGCUACGCUCCAGUAUUGCAUCAAUGCUAGGUGAGCUGCGCAGGGGACAGCGCGGUUAACUCGCAAAGUCCAGCCAGUGUUUCUUUUACAGCUGCAAACUGCAAGGAAUAUGAGGCUAGUCCAGAUGUUAAGUCCUGAAACCAGUUCGCUUUGAAUUUCCAGGUAUUGGCAGGUCUCGUUCCACAAUGUUGAAGAGGGCUGAUAAUGCCUCCCUCUUCCUUUGCGUCCGCCACCUGCCCGCCUGAUGAGAUUUGGCUCCAGAAUGAACAUAGCACCUGUGUUUAAUGCCUUGCUAGUGUGUGCCCUUGCAGCUGUGCUGUGGAAAUACAUCAAGCUGCAAGAUCACGUCUUCGUGUUGGAAGAGGAGCUGGUCCUCACUCGCCAGACGCAGGAGCUCUCUCAGGUCCGCAUUGACUACCAGGCUGCCCUUCAAGACCUGGUGCAAGAUGGGACCAAGAUGGUAUGCGCUGGCAAGAUGCACACUGAUCGGAUCUGCCGAUUUGAAUCCCUCUGCUAUUCCACGGAGGCGGAGGAAUUCAUCUUCUUCCACAGCAACUCCUCGGUCAUGCUCCCCAACUUGGGCUCCAGGAGAUUCCAGCCUGCGCUGCUUGACCUCUCCUCGGUGGAAGACCACAACACACAGUAUUUCAACUUUGUAGAACUCCCAGCCGCGUCCCUUAAAUUUAUGCCAAAGCCAGUGUUUGUCCCCGACGUGGCCCUGAUCCUGAACAGAUUCAACCCGGACAACUUGAUGCAUGUUUUUCACGACGAUCUCCUCCCGAUCUUCUACACCAUGCAGCAGUUCCCAGAUCUGGACCAGGAAGCCAGAUUGUUUUUCAUGGAAGGGUUUGGCGAAGGCCUUCAUUUUGAGCUGUACAAACUGCUGAGCGGCAAGCAGCCGCUGGUAAGAGAGCAGCUUAAGACUCUGGGGCGUCUCCUCUGCUUUACCAAGUCGUACGUGGGACUGUCCAAAAUCACCACGUGGUACCAGUACGGGUUUGUCCAGCCGCAGGGGCCGAAAGCCAACAUCCUGGUCUCCGGGAACGAGAUCCGCCAGUUCGCCAAAUUCGUGACAGAGAAGUUGAACGUGAGCUCGGAAGGGACGCCCGGCGAAGAAUACAUUGUAGUCUUCAGCCGAACCAUAAACAGGAUAAUCCUCAACGAGGCAGAACUCAUUCUGGCGCUCGCCCGAGAAUUCCAGAUGAAAACCAUUACUGUUUCCAUCGAAGACCACACGUUCUCGGAUAUCGUGAGCCUGAUCAGCAAUGCCUCCAUGCUAGUCAGCAUGCAUGGAGCGCAGCUUGCAAUGUCCCUCUUCCUGCCCAGGGGAGCCACUGUGGUGGAGCUCUUCCCGUACGCCAUAAACCCCGAGCAUUACACGCCUUACAAAACGUUGUGCACCCUCCCUGGCAUGGACCUCCAGUACGUUGCCUGGACGAACACCGAGAAGGAGAACACGGUGACUUAUCCGGACCGGCCCUGGGAUCAAGGAGGAAUCGCCCACUUAGACAAGGCAGAGCAGGACCGUAUCUUGAAAAGCAGCGAGGUUCCCCGGCACCUCUGCUGCCGGAACCCGGAGUGGCUUUUCCGCAUCUACCAGGACACGGAGGUCAACAUUGCUUCCCUUAUCCAGGUGGUCAGGCAGGCUGUGAAGACGAGGCCUGGGCCUAAGAGGCAGGCGUGGACCAGCGGCCUCUACCCGGGCAAAGUCAGAGGUGCCAAGUGCCAAGCCUCCGUCCAGGGUGCCAGCGAAGCCAAGCUCUCUGUGUCCUGGCAAAUCCCUUGGAACCUGAAGUACCUGAAGGUCCGGGAAGUGAAAUACGAAGUGUGGAUACAGGAGCAAGGGGAAAACACAUAUGUGCCUUACACCGUUUCCCAUCCGAACCACACCUUUUCGGACAACAUCAAGCCCUUCACAAACUACCUAGUGUGGAUCCGCUGCAUUUUUAACAAGAAUCUCCUCGGGCCCUUUGCAGACGUGCUGUUGUGUAGCACGUAAUCGCCACCCAGUUGCUUUUUUGGGGGAGGGGGGGAGUUGAUUUCCUCCAAUGCGAUAUCGAAUAAAUACUUUGUAAAAUGUUGUAACAUAGAAAUGAAUGUAACGCAUUCACAAAUAAAGGCUGAUGUCUCCACUCUCCAGGCAAAUGGCCCAAGAUCCGACACAAUGAUGGGUCCCGGGAACACCUAAGACCUGCAAUGUUCCUUUUCAAAGGCCCUUGCCUCCGGCGGGUCCGCUCCUGCAGCCAUUAACAGAACUUGACCCUACCCAGUAUCUGGAACCAGGUAGAAUCAUAGAAUCUUAGAAUCAUAGAAUCAUAGGGUUGGAAGAGACCAC